CCGGGCGGUGCGUCCAUGGAGAUCCACCAGGAGCUCACGCGCUCGCCCACCAUCCGCACCCACCUGCUCCGCCACGAGCAGGGCGAGGCCUUCGCCGCGUCAGGCUACGCGCGCGCUUCCGGCCGGCCCGGCGUCUGCAUCGCCACCUCCGGCCCCGGUGCCACCAACCUCGUCACCGCGCUCGCCGAUGCGUAUCUCGACUCCGUGCCAUUCGUCGCCAUCACCGGCCAGGUCCCGCGGUACAUGAUCGGGACGGGCGCCUUUCAGGAAACGCCGGUCGUGGAAGUCACUCGCCCCAUCACCAAGCACAACUAUCUGGUUCUCGACGUGGACGACAUCCCCCGCAUCAUCAAAGAGGCCUUCUUCCUCGCGUCGUCCGGACGUCCAGGGCCUGUUCUGGUCGACAUCCCCAAGGACAUCCAGCAGCACAUGGCUGUGCCGUCCUGGGGCACGCCCAUGCAGCUACCCAACAGGUACAUUGCGCGCCUGCCCGAGCAGCCGGCCACUGACCUGCUCGAGCAAGUCAUCCACCUUGCGGCCGAGGCCAGGAGACCCGUUCUCUACGUUGGUGGCGGAUGCUCUGCGUCUGGUGAUGAGCUGCGCCGCUUUGUUGAGCUCACGGGCAUCCCGGUGGCAACCACUCUGAUGGGUCUCGGUAACUUUCCUAGCGACCAUCCGCUGUCACUGCGCAUGCUUGGGAUGCAUGGGACCGUGUAUGCCAAUUACGCCGUGGAUAAGGCUGACUUGUUGCUUGCAUUUGGUGUGCGGUUCGACGAUCGCGUGACUGGGAGGAUUGAGGCUUUUGCGAGCAGGGCCAAGAUUGUGCACAUUGACAUUGACCCCGCGGAGAUUGGGAAGAACAAGCAGCCACACGUCUCAAUUUGUGCAGAUGUCAAGCUUGCUUUGCAGGGUAUGAAUGCUCUGCUAGAAGGGAGCAUUGGGGAGAGGAAUUUUGACUACCGUGAUUGGUGCUCGGAGUUGGAGCAGAAAAGAAUUGAGUUUCCCCUAGGUUAUCAAACAUUUGGUGAAGCCAUUCCACCGCAAUAUGCUAUCCAGGUGCUGGACGAGAUGACAAAUGGGGAGGCAAUCGUUGCCACCGGCGUUGGGCAGCAUCAGAUGUGGGCGGCUCAGUAUUACACCUAUAGGAGGCCUAGACAAUGGUUGUCGUCUGGUGGGCUGGGGGCAAUGGGCUUUGGGUUGCCGGCAGCUGCUGGUGCCGCAGUGGCCAACCCAGGUGUCACUGUGGUCGACAUUGAUGGAGACGGUAGCUUCCUCAUGAACAUCCAAGAGUUGGCAAUGAUCCGAAUUGAGAACCUCCAAGUGAAGGUCAUGGUUCUUAACAACCAGCAUCUGGGUAUGGUGGUGCAGUGGGAGGACAUACUCUACAAAGCCAACCGAGCACACACCUACCUAGGCAACCCGGAGAAGGGGAGUGUGAUUUACCCAGACUUCAUCACAAUUGCCAGAGGCUUCAGUAUCCCUGCGGUCCGAGUGGCAAACAAGAGCGAAGUUCGUGCUGCCAUCAAGGAGAUGCUUGAGACACCAGGCCCGUACUUGCUGGACGUCAUCGUCCCACACCAGGAACAUGUCCUACCCAUGAUCCCAAGUGGUGGAUCUUUCAAGGACACGAUCCUGGAUGGAGAUGGUCAAACUCUCCAUUAG